AUGCCACCAAAGAGGAAAGUAGUGCAAGUGAAAGGUGAUGAAGCUGAGGAUAUUAUUGAACAAUAUUUGAAAACACAGUUCAAACCGUUCGCCAUAAAUGAUAUCGUACAGAAUCUACAUAAUAAAGUAAGUAAAUCUGUCACAUUAAAGGCUCUAGACAGCUUAGUGGCAAGUGAAAAGAUUAUGAGCAGAACAUUCGGAAAAGUCAUCAUAUAUUCUUGUAAGGAUAUCGAAUUGGCAGAGCCCAUUGAUGAUGGAGAUUACUCGUUAGAGAAACUAAGACAGUUGCAAGAUGAAGUAAUGGAAUUAGACAGGGAUAAUUCCAAUAUCAUAGAUGUGAUAAAUGACACUAUCAAAUUGCCUCCUAAUGAUGAAUUAAUAGAAUCAGUGACAACAUUACAAAAUAAAAUAGAAGAUGAUAAAAUCAAACUUAAAGAUUUGCAAGCGAAUGAUGAUUUGAAAGAAAAUUCUGAAGUCAAAGAAAUAUUAGAAUUGGAAGCUAUAACUGAAAAGAAAAUUAUUAGGAGGAAAAAAAUUUUAAAAGAAUUAAUGAAUAUCAUUAAGGAUCAAAUUAGACCCAAAAAUUUGUUGGAAUAUCUGGAAGAUAUAGGUUGUGAAGGAAUGGAAACUUGCUUUUGA